AUGGCGGCCUUCAGCAAGUACCUGACGGCGCGGAACUCCUCGCUGGCGGGGGCCGCGUUCCUGCUGCUCUGCCUGCUCCACAAGCGGCGCCGCGCCCUCGGCCUGCCAGGUAAGAAAAAUGGAAAACCACCAUUACAGAAAAAUGAGAAAGAAGGAAAAAAAGAGCGAGCUAUGGUGGACAAAGUGUUUUUUUCAAGACUCUCACGGAUUCUAAAAAUCAUGGUCCCUAGAACAUUUUGUAAAGAGACAGGUUACUUGAUACUUAUUGCUGUUAUGCUGGUGUCUCGAACAUAUUGUGAUGUUUGGAUGAUUCAAAAUGGGACACUCAUUGAAAGUGGUAUCAUUGGUCGUAGCAGAAAAGAUUUCAAGAGGUACUUAUUCAACUUCAUCGCUGCCAUGCCUCUCAUCUCUCUGGUUAAUAACUUCUUGAAGUUUGGGUUAAAUGAGCUCAAACUGUGCUUCCGAGUAAGGCUAACUAAAUACCUCUAUGAGGAGUAUCUCCAAGCUUUCACAUAUUAUAAAAUGGGAAAUCUGGACAACAGAAUAGCUAACCCAGACCAGCUGCUUACACAAGAUGUAGAAAAGUUUUGUAACAGUGUAGUUGAUCUGUAUUCAAAUCUUAGUAAGCCAUUUUUAGACAUAGUUUUGUAUAUCUUCAAGUUAACGAGUGCAAUAGGAGCUCAGGGCCCAGCGAGCAUGAUGGCCUAUUUGCUUGUUUCUGGGCUAUUCCUAACUCGACUUAGAAGACCCAUUGGGAAGAUGACAAUAACUGAGCAAAAAUAUGAAGGAGAGUAUAGAUAUGUUAAUUCCCGGCUCAUAACAAACAGUGAAGAAAUUGCCUUUUAUGAUGGGAAUAAAAGAGAAAAGCAGACAAUCCACGCAGUCUUCCAAAAACUGGUGGAACAUCUGCAUAAUUUUAUUUUGUUUCGGUUUUCUAUGGGCUUCAUCGAUAGCAUAAUUGCCAAAUAUCUUGCCACUGUAGUUGGUUACCUAGUUGUCAGCCGCCCUUUCCUAGAUUUGUCUCAUCCUCGACAUCUCAGGAGUACACAUUCAGAACUUCUGGAGGAUUACUACCAAAGUGGAAGGAUGCUUUUGCGCAUGUCUCAAGCUCUAGGUCGAAUAGUUUUGGCUGGCCGUGAAAUGACUAGAUUGGCUGGUUUUACUGCUCGGAUUUCUGAAUUAAUGCAAGUAUUAAAGGAUUUAAAAAGUGGAAAAUAUGAACGCACAAUGAUCUCUCAACAAGAAAGGGGUAUUGAAGGAGCACAAAGCAUUCCCUUGAUACCUGGAGCUGGAGAAAUCAUCAAUGCUGAUAACAUUAUAAAAUUUGAUCAUGUUCCUUUAGCAACGCCAAAUGGAGAUAUCUUGAUUCGAGAUCUUAAUUUUGAAGUUCGAUCUGGGGCCAACGUUCUAAUUUGUGGUCCAAAUGGAUGUGGGAAGAGUUCACUUUUCCGUGUUCUUGGUGGAUUAUGGCCUCUUUUUGGAGGACGUCUAACUAAGCCUGAGAGAGGAAAGUUAUUUUAUGUUCCUCAGAGACCUUAUAUGACCCUGGGAACCCUUCGAGAUCAAGUGAUAUAUCCAGAUGGCAAAGAAGAUCAGAAAAGGAAGGGGAUAUCUGACCUAGUACUGAAGGAAUACUUAGAUAAUGUCCAGUUGGGUCAUAUCCUUGAACGUGAAGGAGGCUGGGACAGUGUUCAGGAUUGGAUGGAUGUGCUCAGUGGUGGAGAGAAGCAAAGAAUGGCGAUGGCAAGAUUAUUUUAUCAUAAACCCCAGUUUGCCAUCUUGGAUGAGUGCACCAGCGCAGUGAGUGUGGACGUGGAAGGCUACAUCUACAAUCACUGUCGAGAGGUUGGCAUCACCCUCUUCACUGUGUCUCAUAGGAAGUCUCUUUGGAAACAUCAUGAGUACUACCUGCAUAUGGAUGGCAGAGGCAAUUAUGAAUUUAAACAGAUAACAGAAGAUACAGUUGAGUUUGGCUCUUAG